AUAGCGCAUUUCAUACACAGCGGCAGUUCAAUUUUACAGAGGUAAAGGCAAAACAGUAAACAAUAGAAAAUAAAAUUACAUAAAAUAAAUGGGGAAAAUUAAUAAGAAUUAAACAAUAGUAGAAAUAAAGUAAUAAAAUGAAGUAAAAGUUCAGUAAAAAAAACAGCAGAAUAAAAUAGAAUAAAAGUUAAGUUUAAAACAUGCAAAGAUGAUAUUUAUCAAUUAGCAGAAAGCAUCUGAGAACAGCUUGGUCUUUAACCUAGAUUUGAAGCUGCCAACAGCAGGAUUUUUUUUUUAAUGUCCUCUGGCAGUUGGUUCCAUAGCUGUACUGCAUAGUAGCUAAAAGCUGCUUCACCAUACUUUGUUUUAACAACAGGUUUUACCAGUAAAUUUUUCUGCUGCGAUCUGGUAGAUCUGAUUGGGUUAGGCCGCUGCAACAUAUCAGAGAGGUAAUUGGGCCCUGUACCAUUUAGAGAUUUGUACACCAGCAGCAAUGCUUUAAAGUCAAUUCUGUAGCUUACUGGAAGCCAGUGAAGGGACCUUAGAAUUGGAGUAAUGUGCUCUGUUCUUUUUGUUCGUGUGAGAACCCUCGCCGCUGCAUUUUGAACCAGCUGAAGUCGUUUGAUGGUCUUUUUUGGCAGGCCUGUGAAAAGGCCAUUGCAGUAAUCAACCCUACUAGAGAUGAAGGCAUGUAUUAGUUUUUCCAGAUAAUUUUUUGACACAAGUCCUCUUAGUUUGGAAAUGUUUUUUAGGUGAUAAAAUGCCGAUUUAGUGAUUGCUUUCAUGUGACUGUCAAAGUUUAGCUCGCUGUCAAUGAAAACACCAAGAUUUUUAACCAUUUCUUUAGUUUUAAUCCCCUUUGUGUCAAGAAUAGUGGUAAUCCUGAGUCUUUCAUCUUUUUUCCCCAAAUAGAAUUACUUCUGUUUUAUCUGUGUUCAGCUGAAGAAAAUUUUGUGACAUCCAGUUGUUGAUUUGAUCGAUACACUGGUAGAGACAUUCAAGGGGGGCAUAAUCAUUAGGUGAUAGAGCAAAAUAAAUUUGGGUGUCAUCUGCAUAGCAGUGAUACAAAAUUGAGUUGUUCUUGAUCAUUUGUCCAAGUGGGAGCAUAUAAAGGUUGAAUAGUAAUGGUCCAAGGAUCGACCCCUGGGGGACACCACAGGUCAAGGACGUUGAUGUCAAGGUACAAUUUCCCAUGGUAACAAAGAAGCUUCUAUCUUUUUAAGUAUGAUUUUAACCAAUUGAUAACUUUACCAGUCAACCCAACCCAGUGUUCAAGUCGAUAUAGCAGUAUUUGUGAUCAACAGUAUCAAAAGCUGCACUGAGGUCCAGUAACACCAGGACUGAUGUUUUGCCUGCAUCAGUAUUAAGACGUAUGUCAUUUAUAACUUUAAUCAGCGCUGUUUCAGUGCUAUGAUUGGCACGAAAUCCUGACUGAAAGUUAUCAAAACAGCUGUUUGAUAUCAAGAAGGCAGUUAAUUGAUUGAAGACAAUUUUUUCAAGGAUUUUCUCGAUGAAUGGUAGAUUUGAUAUUGGCCUGUAGUUGUUCAAUACUGAAGCAUCCAGAUUAUUCUUUUUAACUCACUUUUCAGACACAGACAGAGAGUCAGCGCUGGAGACGGAGAUAGUCUCGAUGUUCCAGCCACACGGCGUGGAGAGGGACGUCGUUGCUGAGAAGUGAAGCACGAUGAUGCGUUUCCUGUGCGUUCGAGAGCUCCAGCGGUUUGUCCCGCUCUCUCAGGUCCGGGUCUCGCCCUACGACUCCCUCACUCUGUCUCAGAACCAUCUGGCACCAGGAUGGCACUGGAUUUGCACCUCAUCCUCAUUGUCCUCGGUUCCUCAGAGAACCCCGCCCGGAGACGGUCCACUCGGACAGGACGACUCUGCAGAUCCUCUUCAGGACCAGUCCAUGGGUCUUGCGCAGAGAUUCAAGAGAACUUUUAAGCAGUACGGCAAAGUGAUGAUCCCCAUGCACCUGCUCACCUCCUGCAUGUGGUUCAGCGGAUUUUACUACGCCACCAUGAAAGGAGUGAACGUGGUGCCAUUCCUGGAGCACGUCGGACUUCCUGAUAAGCUCAUGAAACUCCUGGAGAAUUCCCAGAGCGGCUACGCGCUGACUGCAUACGCCAUGUAUAAGAUCGCCACUCCGGUGCGCUACACGCUGACGUUAGGUGGGACGUCCCUCUUGGUGAAGUACUUGCGUAAACACGGCUACAUGCCGACGCCCCCGCCCGUUAAAGAGUACCUGCAGGAGAAGAUGGAGGAGACGAAGGACCGCUUCUCCGAGAAGAUCGAAGAAACCAAGGACAAGUUCACAGAAAAACUCCAGGAGACCAAAGACAAAGUGAACCUUCGGAAGAAAAAAGAGUGAAGACGGAUGACUUCAUCACUGUGUCAAUAAUGAUCUAUAAAUAUAAACAAAUGAAGGCUUCACACGAGACGUGCACUACUGACAUCACUUCCUGUUCAAUCUUCCAUUCAGUCUUAAAAUAUAUAUAUAUAUUACAAUGAUUUAUUCUAGAUUCGCCCCAACCUUCCUCCCCCCCCCCCAUAGUUUUACAUCGCUGUGAGGGCGGGGCUACAUCAUGGCUAACAGGAUAGCUGUUCUAGCUAGUGCAGUACUACAAAUCAUCCGCCAUCCUGGGAGGGCAUGUUUUUAAUUAUUUUACUUAAAAAGCUUAAAUUCACUCCUUCCGAGGCGGUGCAGACAUUGACGUGUCUCGCGGAUGCUGUAGAUGUUGUUCAGUAGCUGAAAAAUCAACACGUGUACCGCUUCGUAUCCUGUAGCUGUUUUAUUUAUAUACAGGAUGAAGUUAAUUUGACAAAUUUGAAACUGUGAUAAAUGUAACACGCUUGCCUCUGUUAAAUGCCUGUUAUUAAAUAUGCUAGCUAGUGUUGGGACAAAACAUGCAUGAAGUAGUGUUGCUAAUCCAGAUAUGAGAAGGUUUAGUUUAGUGCCCUCUGCUGUCUGGGAGAGAAACUGCAAUAAACACACCAUUCUGUCUGUCUGUCUUUCUCUCUCUCACACUCUGUCUCUCCCUUUCUCUGUCUGUCUGUCUCUCUCUCUCACUUGCGCUGUCUCUCUCUCCCUUUCUCUCUCUGUCUGUCUCUCCCUUUCUCUGUGUCUCUCUCCAUGUCUCUCUUGAUUGAAACUAUAUGUUUUGGGGGGUUUCUAAGGAAGGUGGGCGGAGCCGAGCAGUUCUCCAUGAACUGUGGGCGGAGCUUGUUUCAGGGCCAAAAAAAGUGAGGUGUGAAUAAUUUUUGUAAUUUUUUUGGAAGCGUUUAAUAAUAAAAAGCUUUAUAAAUGUAUUUAAAUGUGGUAAAUGUUACAGACGGCACCUUCAGCAGCACAGAGACGGUUUAAUCUGAUUAAAUCUGAUAAAGUCUGAUUAAACACACCACCAGUCGGAUCAGCGCCGUCAUCAGGACGGUGUAAUAUCUCUAACUGACCCUCACAGGAGGGUUUCAGGUUAUAAAAUCCAACUCUCAGCCUUUACCUCCUCUAUUACAGUUGUGUGUUUUGAUAUUUAAACUUCAGUGCUCUGAGUGUAUUUAUUUUAUGGUGUGUGUGCAAUGUUGUGGAAAAUCUGCAUCGUUGCUAUGUUACUGUUGCUAUGUUACCAUCCUUUAUUUUAACUGACAUGAAGUGGAAAAAAUAAAUAAAAUUAAAUGGAAAAAA